AUGGAAGGUCCCAAGGACAAAGGUACCAAAACCACAGUAGUCACUGGUGUUGAUAUGAUCAUGAACCAUCACUUGCAGGAAACCAGCUUCACAAAAGAACCCUACAAGAAGUACAUCAAAGAUUCUAUGGAAUCAGUCAAAGGCAAACUUGAAGAACAGAGUCCAGAUAGAGUAAAAUCUUUUAUUGCAGGGGUUGCAGAACAAAUCACGCAUAUCCUUGCUAAUUUCAAAAACUACCAGUUCUUUAUUGGUGAAAACAUGAAUCUAGAUGGCAUGGAUGCUCUGUUGGACUCUGUGAGGAUGGUGUGACCCCAUAUAUGAUUUUUUUUAAGGAUGGUUUAGAAAUGGAAAAAUGUUCAUGAAUUUGGCUAUUAACUUUAGAGGUAUCACCUGUUGUCAGAACUGGCUGCUGCUUUUCAUCCACACAAGGCCAGGACUUAGACAAAUGAGACUGAUGUCAUCUUGAGCUCUUCAUUUAUUUUGACCUUGAUUUAUUUGGUGUGGAGGUAUUGUU